GCUCACGUGAGUAGAUCAAGUACUGGUUGGAGAGGAAGCCAUUUCCAAGGCGACAGUUCAGGUGGUCUUUCCAGUGCGAUGGCCACUUGGGGCUCAAGAUGGCCAGUGCACUCAACAAGGCCUUCAAUGAAGGAAGCGAAUUGGCUGUUCUUAUUGGCAGUGACGUCCCCUCGAACAGUGCUGACAUCCUGGACACUGCCUUGUCAAAGCUCCGCAGCCCUGACUGUGAGAUGAUCCUUGGACAAGCCAAGGAUGGCGGCUACUACCUUGUGGGCUUGAGGAGGGAAGUCAAAGAGAGAUUAGGGGUCCUGGACGGCAUUUUUGAAGGCAUUGAGUGGAGUACCCCCACUGUGUGCCAGCGACAGGUGGAGGUGGCUGCUCUGCUGGGCGUCAAGGUGCAGCUUUUACCCCAGAUACUGCAAGAUGUGGACACCCCUGAUGACUUACCAGAGUUUGAGAAGCAUGUGGGUGUGAGAGUGGCCGAUUUGAAGGCUCCUGUAUUGUCAAUAGUGAUACCUGUUUUGAAUGAGGAAGCCAAUGUGGAGUGUGCUCUUCAGUCCAUCAAGAAGAACAGCUCCUGGAUUGAUUAUAUAGAGAUCAUUGUCUCAGAUGGUGGAAGUAUCGACAGCACUUUGGGAAAAGUUGAAGAUUUUGCUGAGAAAAAUCCAGACUUGAGAAUCAAGAUGGUGCGGGGAAGUAAAGGGAGAGGUAAGCAGCUAAAUGCUGGAGCCAGGGAGGCUACAGGAGUCAAUCUCUUGUUUCUCCACGCUGACGGCAGGCUCCCGCGGGCGUUCGACCGGCAUGUCUUACUGACGCUUGCCGAACCAGGAACUAUCGCUGGGGCAUUCAAUUUGGGAUGGGAUGUUCUCCAGGAAGACCAAAGAAAUGAUUGCAGCUGGUUGGUUCAGGCACAACUUCGGCUCGGCCAAUUAAUGCGCCUAGCUAGCUACAAAUUCACAGAAACUGCGUUUGGAGACCAAGGGUUGUUUAUGUCGAGGCAAACAUUUGACAAAGCGGGCCGGUUCCCUCCGUACAGGCUCAUGGAAGACUAUGAAAUGGCAAUGAACCUCCAAAGGCAUGGACAUUUGAAGAUAAUUCAAGAUGUUUUCAUCAUAGCCUCAGCUCGUCGCCUCAUCAAGAAAGGAGUGUGGAAGGUUGCACUCAUCAACUGCCUUCUGAUCCUGGGAUAUCACAUCAGUGUGCAUCCAGAUACAUUGGCACGUUUCUAUUAUGGCUGACCUGUGGAUUGCCAUGGUGAUGAUGGGGGCACAAUCGUUGCUGCUUUUAUUCUGAAAUAGAUCAGUAUAUAGUUAAUUGAAUGCUAUUUUUCCAAAUGCAGUGAAUGUAUCAGUAUAUAGUUGAGUACUAUUCUUCCAAAUGCAGCUAUUAUACCAGUAUAUAGUCGAGCACUAUUCUUCCAAAUGCAGCUAUUAUAUCAGUAUAUAGUCGAGCACUAUUCUCCCAAAUGCAGCUAUUUUACCAGUAUAUAGUCGAGCACUAUUCUUCCAAAUGUAGCUAUUAUACCAGUAUAUAGUCGAGUGCUAUUCUUCCAAAUGUAGCUAUUAUAUCACUAUAAAGUUGAGCACUAUUCUUUUAAAUGUAGCUAAUACGUGCUAUGCUUCCAAAUGCAACUGCUGUUUGUUUAUAUAUGUGACCCGUCAUGAGAGUAAAGUCGUACUGCUCUUCCCUAUUUUGACAGUUCACAGUCAAAUAUUGAAGUGGAGGUCAAUUUUUGGGUUUCAUAAUAUUUGGAAAGAGUAACCCGCCUAUUUAAUUCCAAA